CUUUAUAGGCUGGAGGUUAGGGAAGAAGCCCUCUGAAUCAAAUUGCCCUUCACAUGUCUCCCAUGGCUUCUCCACACCUCAUCCAGGACGAAGUCAAGGACAUGGAGAUAAAGAACUACAGCAGCACCUCGGGAUUUAUCCUUCUGGGCGUCUCUUCCAACCCUCAGCUGCAGAAGCCCCUCUUUGCUGUCUUCCUCACCAUGUACCUGGUCACCCUGGUUGGGAAUGCAGUCAUCAUCCUGGCCAUACAAUCUGACUCCCGACUCCACACCCCUAUGUACUUUUUUCUCAGCAGCCUGUCCUUCAUGGACAUCUGCUUUACAACAAACAUUGAGCCCAAGAUGCUGGUGAACUUACUCUCAGACACAAAGUCUAUCUCCUAUGUGGGCUGCCUGGUCCAGAUGUACUUCUUCAUGGCCUUUGCAAAUACUGACAGCUACCUGCUGGCCUCAAUGGCCAUAGAUCGGCUGGUAGCCAUCUGCAACCCCUUUCGAUACAAUGUGGUGAUGAGCCCACGGCGUUGCCUCCUCAUGCUGCUGGGAUCUUGCACCAUCUCUCACCUGCACUCCCUGCUGCGUGUGGUACUCAUGUCCCACCUGUCUUUCUGUGCCUCCCAUGUCAUCAAGCACUUCUUUUGUGAUACCCAGCCUGUGCUAAAGCUGUCCUGCUCUGACACAUCUUCCAACCAGAUUGUGGUCAUGACUGAGACCCUGGCUGUCAUUGUGACUCCCUUCCUGUGCAUUCUCUUCUCCUACCUGCGAAUCAUCAUCACUGUGCUCAAAAUCCCGUCUGCAGCCGGGAAGUGGAAGGCCUUCUCUACCUGUGGCUCCCACCUCUCCGUAGUGGUUUUGUUCUAUGGGAGUGUCAUCUAUGUCUAUUUUAGGCCCCUGUCCAUGUACUCAGUGGUGAAGGACCGGGUAGCCACAGUUAUGUACACAAUAGUGACCCCCAUGCUGAACCCAUUCAUCUACAGCCUGAGGAACAAAGAUAUGAAGAGGGGUUUGAGGAAAUUAAGGGACAGAAUUCACUCAUAG